CGUCGUCGGAGGCGGGGUGUCCGGGCUGGGUUUCCUGGGCGACCGCUGGGGGCUGGACCGCUGGCCGAGUGCGCGGGCUUUGCAGGCAUGGGGGCCCCUCCAGGCCUGCAGGCCGACUGCGAGGAGCUGCUCAGCCGCUUCCAGGAGACGGACAGCGUGCGCUUCGAGGACUUCUCGGCGCUCUGGAGGAGCAUGAAGUUUGGGACCAUCUUCUGUGGCAAAAUGAGAAAUUUAGAAAAGAACACAUUUACAAAAGAAGCUUUAGCUUUGGCUUGGCGAUAUUUUUUACCUCCAUAUGCCUUCCAGAUCCGAGUGGGUGCUUUGUAUCUGCUGUAUGGAUUAUAUAACACCCAACUGUGUCAACCAAAACAAAAGAUUAGAGUUGCCCUGAAGGACUGGGAUGAAAUUUUAAAAUUUCAACAAGAUUUGAUAAAUUCGGAACAUUUUGAUGUAGCCUAUAUUUUUAGGAAGCUACGACUAGACAAAGCAUUUCACUUUACAGCAAUGCCCAAAUUGCUGUCAUUUAGAAUGAAGAAAAAAGUUCAGCGAACUCCAGUUACGGAAGAAUUUAAGGAACCAAAUGAUCGUGUAAUGAAACUUAUCACUUCUGAUGUAUUAGAGGAAAUGCUGAAUGUUCAUGAUCUUUAUCAGAACAUGAAACAUGUAAUUUCAGCCGAUAAGUCCAAUCCAAACAAAACCCUCAGCUUGGUAAAGGAUGAUUUCUUUGAUAAUAUUAAGACCAUAAUUUUGGAGCAUCAGCAGUGGCACAAAGACAGGAAGAAUCCAUCCUUAAAAUUGACAGGUAAAGAUGGAGAAGAAGAGAGGGAAGGAAAUUCACAAGAAUCAGAGUCGUGUGAAAGGGCAGCAUCAUUAGCAAAAAUAAAAUCAAAGGCCUUUGCAGUUGUUGUUCAGGCUUCCAAGUCAAGAAGGCAUCGCCAAGUCAGACUUGACUCUUCUGACUCUGAUUCUGCCUCUGGUCAAGCAACCAGGGAAAAAAGAAACAAAGAAACAUUGAAAUCCGCUGGAAGGAAGAAGUCUUCCAGAAAAAGAGAUGACAAGCAGAAUGUACAUAAGGAAGAUAGAUGUUUGAGUCUGAGUAUGCCUGUUAUUACAGAGGAGGAUGAGGAGAACGGAAGUCAGAGUGAAACAGAGGUCACAUCACUCAAGAGGAAAAGAAAACCCAGAACAAAGAGGCUGGUGUAGUUCAAUUUUGAGCUUUCCGACAGGAGAGUUACAUUCUGUGUGUGGAACAGGAAGACUGCCACUAUUAAAGACAAUCCUUCUGGGAAACUGUAGGUGAUAUCUUUGACAUGGCAAUACUUUAAUAUAGUUCCAGAACCAAAAGACACAUACUGAGAGUAAGAACUUAACUCAAAUUUAUUUUCAACAUAUUUUUUUAUGAAAUUUGUGUAAGGAGGGAAAAUUUUGAUUUAUAAUAUUAUAGAGUAAUCCUGUUAUUUGCAGAUUUUUAAUAUUUCCUACAGCUUUUGUGUUAUUACACUAUGUUAGUACAGUUUUGGUAAUAUUAUUAUAUUUAAAAUCUUUUUUUCUUGAAUUAUUAAUGUUAAUUGCAUGUAAAUGGCUAAUUGUUUUGUAUCUACACUCUGGUAAUGGAUUUAUUUUGUAUGUUGUAUGGUUAAGCGCACUAAAGUUUUUGCCUUAUUUGCUUUAGUUUUUAAUAUAUGAAACUUAUGUGGUCAGUAACUUAUGUGAGUGAUAUCUUAGGAAGCUCAGUUUCUACUUCUGUGAUCAAUUAAAUAUUUUUUGGUGCUUGUUUUAAAGCUCCCUUUGACCUAACAUUUAUGUAUGUUUAUAUAUGUAUAGGUAUACGUGUGUGUUUAUAUAUCUGUUUAUAUAUGUAUAGAUAUAUGUCUCUCUCUAUAUAUAUAUAUAUACACAUAUAUAUACACACAUAUUAUAACAUGAUUAGUAAAUACAUUAAGUACAUUUAAAUAUUAUUUCUGAUGAAACCUUUAAGAGUGGCAAUGUAAAUUUCAGAAUUUGUCUGUGGUACAGAGUAGUUGGUACUCAGAAAAAAAUUCUAUAGCUUCCUGAAUGUGCCUCCCUGUUAAUUUCUCAUCUGAGACAUUUAAAUGGAGAUUGCUUGAGCCAUGUUAAGUUGCUGGCAGUGGCAGAUCACUUCCACAUCAUGUGUGCUCAGCCUGUCUUACAGUUGCUUGUAUUCAUGCAUUUUUCCAGCAUUGUAUAUUCAGGAAUUCUACAAGUGUGUAGUGAGUGACUGUGUGUGAUAUCUGUAAUCUUUUAAAGUCAAAAUGCUAACACUAGCCCAAGUAAGACUUUGAUUUAUUAGAAUCUAUGUCAUCAUGCUAGCUACUAAACAAAAUGGUUUCCCAUGACUGACUUAAGAUGUUUCCGGUAAUAGAUGGGGCAGUUUUCAUAAUGUGGACAUUGAGCAGAGCUCCUGGGAUUUAAGUAUUCUAGGGCUGGAGCAGUUGGAGAUAUGGAGCCGUUAUUGGCCACUUAUAUACCAGGUUAUUUGAAUAAACUUGUCUGAUCAUUAAAGUUUACAAACCUUGUACAGCUAAGACAGUGAGUAGCCCUCUGUUUUUUCAUAACAAUGCUAAUAAAAUACAAGGUAUCAUUUCACAUGAAAAAUGAAGAAAGUACCUCAGGAUGCCUUCCCCACAUUCACAAAGUUAGUAAGUGGUACAUUUAGAUACAAAAACAGACUCUGGCCUAUAGUUGUCAUUUCACAUAAGCCAAUGGAAACGGAAACCCAGGGGAGUACUUUUGGCUGCAAGCAUUAAGCUAUUUCAAAAUGGCUUAAACAAUAAGGAAAGUUUAUUUUAAAGCCAGUUGAGUCUCAGUGCGAGUGGCCCUGGGUUAUAUGCUGAAGUACAUCAGUUCCAUUGUGGCUACUAGGUCCUUCCAGGUUUGGGUCCUUGGGGAAAGCUUUAUGUCAAUGCAGGGAACUGUUCACCAGCCAGGUUCCCAGACACUAGUCAAAGGCCAGCCUGGCAAGCAAGCCUUUCCAAGGGUGACAGUCUCAAGGCCUGCUCUAGUACCUCUUCGGCACAGGUGGGUUCAUUUCAUUUUUCACUAUUUCAGACAAUGCUGGGUUGACCUUUUUGUGCAUAUCUUGGCUCACUUAUGUGAGCACAUUAAUUUGCCUGUCAAAUUGUGUGUGUGUGUGUGUGUGUGCGUGCAUGUGAUUGUGCGCGCGCACACACACACCUCAUUUUGAUAAUUGUUGCCAAAUUGAACUCCAAAAAGACUACCGAUUUACAUUCCUACUAACAGUAUUUGCAAGGGACUCCACACCCUCCAUUACACAGGUAAUCUUUGUAAUUGUCAGUUGAAUACAGCCUGAAUCUUAACAGAAAAUGUAGAAAGGCAGAUAAAAGUAAUAAAAUUAUAUUAAGCAGAUGUGAGUUAUGUAGUUACAUCUGACAAUGUAAUGCUUUAGCUGGUAGCAAGUUUUUCAUGAAUAUAUUAUGAAAAUGCUGUGUGAAUAAUUUGAAACGUAUUGAACAGGGUUAAAAUAGAAAAUAUUUGUGUUUAACUGGGUUUUCAGAAUCAAACUGUGUUAAAAUACUAGUUACCUAUUAAAUUAAGCUGUUUACAUUUUCAACUUAAUUAUAAUAAAAUAACUGCACCAAGUCAUAAAUAAAUGAUUUUAAUAUUAAAUAUUUACUGCAUUAAUGUUUUGUAAGGGAAGAAGCAUGUAGCAGUGUUCAUAAGCAAGCUGUACUUUAAAAUCAUACCACUUAGCUUUCAGAAAUCUUAAUAUAUGAAAGUGUUGUUCAAAGUAGAGAAUUGGAAUUAUAGUAGUGUUAACGUUAUAUGCCAGACUGACUUGGAGGAUCUAAAAAACAAACUGUGAAUAAAAGAAGUGGGACCAUGAAGAAAAUGGAGCUUGUAUGGAUGCUUAUUGGGGGAAUACUUUUCACUUUGAAAAUAAAGUAUUGUAAUUUAUUUCUUAAGAA